UGUCUGAUGCCGUCGUCUUGAUCCACAUCUGACCCACCGGCCCCAUCCGUUCGCGUCUGUUCGAUCACAGACACGAACACUCAGGACGCGAUCACCAACGUCAUCCAUCGCAUUCUAUCUGUCAAGCUACUGAAGAGCUUUGUAAAUCUUCUUAUCCCGUCUCCAAAUACUCUGGACAUCGAUUCCGAAAGCAAUAGCGAUUGCGACAACAAAAACAUAACCCAAACUUGACCUGCAUCUCCCCCAAAUCAACCAUGCCUCCCCGCAAAAAGGUCGCCGAUGCGACAAUCGAGACGGAGAUCGCAGAUGCCGUGCGCCGCAUCUACCACGGUCCGCAAGAGCUCACCGUCAAUGCUGUGCGCGAAGCUGUCGAAAAGAAGCUCAAACUUGGCGAGGGGUUCCUCAAAGAUGGCGACUGGAAAGCAAAGAGCAAAGAACUCGUCAUGGACGCUCUCGCCAAGAUAGAAUCUGACGAAGCGGAACCGUCCCAGGCCACUCCCGCGAAACCAAGCCCCAAGAAGUCGCAAAGCACCGCCAAAGCCAAAGCCAAAGCGCCUGCGAAGAAGCGCGCAAAGAAGGAGGCGACACCUUCCGAAGAGUCAGAGUCCGAGUUAAGCGAUCCCGAGGAUAGCGAAGAAGAGGAGGAAUUCAACGAGGAGGAAUCCGAAGAGGAACCGACCAAGAAGCCCAAGCCGACAAAGGCGACGGGCAACAGGAAGAGGAAGGGUGUAUCCGAUGACGAGGACGAAGAGGAAGCCGAGGAGAGCGAGUCCGAAAGACCUAAGAAGAGAGCGAGACCCGCCGCCAAGGCUGCCAAGGGCAAACCAACCAAGAAGGCCGCCGCUGUGAAGAAGAAGGAGGUCGAAGCAUCCGACGCAGAGUCCCUGCUUAGCGAAAUCGACGAGACAGGACUGGAGGAGGAGGACAACAAGUCCAGUGAGCUAUCGGACGCCAUGGAUGUCGACACUCCAAAGGAGAAGGACACAAAAGACGAGGAGUAUACAAAGGCGGAGAAAGAGACGAAACCGGCCUCAGACGACGAGAGCGAGCUUUCCGAAGUCAUUGACGAACCCCCCAAACGGAAAGCCAAACCCAAAAAGGGCGCCUCUAAAGACUCUUCCGAAUCCAAGCCUACCAACGCCCCACCCGCGGACAACUACGACGAAAGUUCCAUGUCUGAAGUCUUCGACGAACCUCCGAAGCGUGGCGGCAAGGGGCGCGGCAAAUCCAAGGAGGCCGCCAGCAGCACCAGCAAGGGCCCCAAAUCCAAGUCCGGUUCCGCCGACCUUUCUCCUGACGAGGCGCUGAUCAAACAGCUCCAGAGCCAGCUACUCAAGUGCGGCAUCCGCAAGAUCUGGCCAAUCGAACUCAAGAAGUACGGUGACGACACCAAGGCAAAGAUCAGGCAUCUUAAGAACUUCCUCACCGAGAUCGGCAUGACCGGACGGUUUUCCGAGUCCAAGGCCAAGGAAAUCAAGAUGCGAAGGGAGUUGGAGGCGGAGCUGGAUGCCGUGAAGGAGGGAGAGCAGAGCUGGGGAUUGGGCGAUGGCGGGAGGCCCAGGAGGAGGGCGGCGGCUAAGGUGAAGAGUUUGAAGCUUGAAAGUGAUUCUGAGGAUGAAGAGGAGGAUGAAGAGGGUGGGGAUGGAGAGGACAAGAAGGAAAAGAAGCAGAAGAAGAAGAAAGCCGAGAAGGAAGCUAGCGGUGAAGAGGAUGGGGAUGAUGAUGAUGUUGAGGAGGACAACGACGACGAUGAUGAUGACGACGAUGACGACUCAGAGGAUGCGGAGCCAAAGGCAAGGGUUAGGGGCCCGGCCAAGCACAGAGCGGAUUUCGCUUUCCUGGGCUCUGAGAGCGAGUCUGAUUAAGUCACGGCGAUCGAUAUGGAGCAAGACACAGGACAGGGUCUUGUAGC